AAUAAUAAAACAAAUACAGGUACACAAUGUAUAUGUACAUGUAGUAGAAGACAGGGAAAAGUUUCGUUGUACAGCUAUUAUGGCUCAAGGUUUUCUCCAAAAUUCAGAAUAUGUUUGCGUUGGGACUCCAGAAGAGAAUGUCCUUGAGACCUACUUCGUGAUGCUCUCGUGCUUCAACUUUGAUCGUGCAAAAGACCAAUGUGAACGAGAGCGAGACAUUAAGAGUGCCGGAGGGGGUGGGGUCACCUGGUGUGAUUUUAUGAACCUUCUCUCUCGACUCUCUACAGCUGAAACCAGCUAUUUUUCAAUGCAAUUUAAUGGUCGCUCAUUUUUUAAAAAGCAACUGUCAGUAGUAUACGAUGGCCUCCUUCAUGAAUUCAAGAAGGUUCACGAGGUUUAUCAUCACAGAAGAGGAGGAACGGACUUCUCUUGGGAAAGGAAACUGGCCGAGCUCCUUACAUCAGUAAUGGAGUUUGUAGCAGCAAGAAGAGAUAUGAUCGGCUUCUAUCAGAUAUUGAAUACUCUUCAUAGUUGCCCCGGCGACUGUAUCCGUAGCAACCAGACUCUGAGGGAUAUAAGGGAGAGGCACAGUGAGUGCUUUCAACACGUCUUCCUGAAACCAUUGAAGCAAUCCUUCUGGUCAGAGGUAGAGGUACUUUCAUUAUUAUUAAAGGCACAGAUAAGUUUAUCAGAUUGGCAGUACUUGCCAUCACUAAUAUCACUACAAUCAGCUCAAACAAAGCUUAGCCUAUGGCAUGGGCUCCAUCCUCCAGGACUUAACACGCAAACCACUUCCCCUCGCUCUAUGCGGUCGUCUUCUAAUGCUUCUUCUUGUUUGAGCUCUUACCCGCCUCUCUACAAGUGGCUCUGCACCUUUCACAAUGUACUCAUGGCAAAGUUCACCACUUAUUUUUACAAGAAUCUUCAUUCCGGAGGUUUUCUAAAUGACUCGAAAAUCAUAUCUCACAAAUUCCAAGACGACUUCUUGAACUUGUUCUCUGUCCUCUUGAAACAGGCUCCGCCCAAUUCCUGCGUCUGUUUGGUAUUUGAUAGCAAUGGACUUGCUGGUUAUAAAGGUCCCCAGUAUGAAACUCCGUCGGCCGAGUCUCCCUCGCUCUCUGGCCUCAAUUCUUAUCCGAUUAUGAUGUCAAUACCUCAGGACUACGAGUUCUUAUCUCACAGAGCUAACAUUGUUAGCAUGAUCAUGAAUCAGAAAUCAGCUUCGAACACGACCAGUAUCAUAUCAACUCAGCUCGACACGAAACUAAGCUGCACCUACCAUCUAGCACAAAUUGAAGAGCGCGUCACAAUGGUGACAAUUGUGACCACAAUGCGUGGUAAGGGGUACGAAGUGUUGAUAAAAAAGCUGACUGAUGUCGUAAGUCAACUUAGAUUACAACAUCUAGUACAGGCACUAUCAGUGGCUUCAAGCAAGAGAGAAUAAAGAAUAUAAUCAUGUGAUUAUUGUUGCUAUAAUUAUUAUGUCAUGUGACUGUUUUAUUGAGAUAUCAAAUCCAAGAUUUAUAAUAAUUAUAA